GUUACUGUCCCUGAUGCAUUUUACAAGUUUCUUCCUAUGUUAAUUAUUAAGGCAUGGUGAACUUUGGGUGCAGCCCAGAUUCCAAAGACUUAUUCCAUUACGACAUACAUGUUCCAAAAUAAAGAACUGGUAAUAGUGGAGUUAUUAUGAUCCUUAUGAUCUAUAGUUCUUACCUAUUGUAAUAUCAAUUCUAUGGAAAAAUUCUUGUGCAUUCACUGAUUAAUUUCCCAGUAUUGAGUGGCCUAGAUUUUACAAGAUACCAUGAUUGAGUACCAUUUUUAUCCUUCCAUUUCUGCUAGGACCUUAAAUAGAUGAUCAUUGGGAUAUGGUUUGGAUUUGAUGUAUUGGUUAAAGACAUUUUGGUGAACACAGGGUUCUCAUCAGGUGUCAAGGAGCAACAAAAUGGAGAUUAUACCCUUAUCACAGACGUGGAGGAAAUCCAACUGGGAAUGUUUGACAAACGCCUUCCUUGCUUUGGUUGUGGAAUAGGAUGGUUUUCUUUUCUGCUUGGAUUUGUAAUCCCAUUGAUGUGGUACUAUGCCACAAUUCUUUACUUUGGAAAUUAUUACCACAAGGAUCCCAGAGAACGGGCAGGGCUGGCUGCCAAUGCAAUAGCUGCUUUGAUAUUUACAGUAGCAGUUCUGAUCACUGUAGCAGUUAUUCUGUUGUAG